AUGCUUGUAAUUCAUGACAUCCGCCUCCGAAAUCGGCCUGAUUCUAUGAAUAACCUACAGGAUUGCAGCUAUCAGAUGUCGGCGCUGGAGACAAUGAGAGCAAAAUUCCCAUUACUCUUCAAGCAGAAAUUCUGCCGCGGACCUUUCAUAUUUACGCUGACAGAUUUGCAUCGAAGCAAUAUCUUUGUCGAUCAUAAUUGGCAUAUCUCAUGUCUGAUUGAUCUCAAAUUGGCAUGUUCUCGGCCAUUUGAAAUGGUUGAACCUCCUUACUGGCUGACAAAUAAGAGCGUGGAUGAGAUUUAUGCAGAUGAAAAUGAUAUGCUUCAAACGGAAUUCAUGACCAUCCUGAAAGCUGAGCAGACAAACUGA